AUGAGAUUUUUCACUUUUGUUUCACUUGCGGCCACGGCUCUGGCAGCCAGUCGCACAACCGCUCCUUCCGGUUCCAUUGUUGUCGCCAAGUCGGGCGGUGAUUAUACUACUAUCAGCGAAGCCAUUUCGGCCUUGGACACCGAUAGCUCCGAGACCCAGACCAUUUUCAUCAAGGAAGGAACCUACGCCGAGCAGGUGUACAUUCCCAAGCUUUCAGGAGCGUUGAUAAUCUAUGGACAAACUGAGGAUGACACCUCCUACACUUCCAACACCGUUACCAUCACCUCUGGCCUCAGCCUGGAGGAGGUUAGUAACGAUGACGAGUCCGCCACUCUGCGUAACUGGGCCGCCAAAUCCAGCAUCUACAACAUCAACGUCAAGAACACCUACGGUGAAGGUCAUCAAGCUCUCGCACUGAGCGCCUACAACACCGAACAAGGCUACUACGGCUGCCAGUUCACUGGAUUCCAGGACACUGUUCUCGCCGAGACCGGCUACCAGGUUUAUGGCAAGUGCUACAUCGAGGGUGCCAUCGACUUCAUUUUCGGUCAGACAGGAAUGGGCUGGUUCGAUAGCUGUGACAUUGGUCUUCUCAAGUACUCCGAGGGUACUAUCACCGCUCAGGGCCGUCCCUCCAGCUCCGAUGAGGGAUACUACGUGAUCAACGAGUCCACUGUCGAUGCUGCCUCUGGUGAGGAUGUUGCUGAGGGAAGCUAUUACCUCGGCCGUCCCUGGACCGAGUAUGCCCGCGUUGUCUUCCAAAAGACCACUCUCAGCGAUGCCAUCAACUCCGCCGGCUGGAUCGAAUGGUCGACUAGCGAGCCCAACACUGAAAAUGUUCUCUUUGGCGAGUACGACAAUUCCGGUGAUGGUUCUGAGGGCACACGCGCCAGCUUCGCCGAGAAGCUCUCUUCCGCAAUCCCCAUCACUACCAUCCUUGGCAGCGACUACAAGGACUGGGUUGACACCAGCUACCUUGCCUAA